ACUAAUAUAACCUGUAAAUAGAAAUAACCUCACAUUUUAAAUUUGAAAUAUUUACCCACUACAAGAUAUUAAGUUUUUUUAUUAAAAUUAUUAGUUGAAACGCUACUUAAUUGAAAAAUGGAUACAGUGUGUGAUAUGGAUUUAGACAAAGAAACUGAAACGCAUAACAAUUCGGAUAUUCCUACCUUUGAAAAGAAAUUGAGGAAAUUCUCUGGCAAAGAAUUCAGAAAACGAUUGAAAAGCAAUGAAAAAUUGAAAGCUCUACAGGAAUUCCUUCAUAAUAUUCAAGGGAACAGCUCUCAAGAUGUUGCUCUUGAAUAUCUACAACAUGGGGGAAGUCUUCAAGAACUACUACAAUGCUUAGAAGAAGACUCAUCGUUGUCUCCAGUUUUGGUAUUGGAUAUUGCUAAUAAUUUACUAUUGAAAAUAAUCAAAUGUAAAUUACAAUGUGAAGACAUGGCUUUCCAAGCAUGCCAAUAUUUUCUGCAAAAUUUUGCUUUAGUUAUUGAUAAAAUGUUGAGCCUUUCUUCUUCUGCAGCCGAACGAAUUGUGGUUCUAAAAUUCCUAACAACAAUGGCAACAAAUUCUUCUCAUCUAUCUAAAGAUAUUUUAACACAUGUUAAUUUCAAUCUGUCAAGAAUUGAGUUUUUGAGUCUGAGCAAAAUGGAAAACAAGGCUGUGAGAAAACAUUUUGUAUACUUUCUGACUGCUCUAUUGAUUGAUAUUGAGUAUCCUGUGUUGUCCUUGCUAUUGAGCAAAAAGGGUUUGUUAACCAGCAUAAUUCCUGGACUUACCUAUGAUGAAGCCGAUACUGUUUGUUUCAUACUAACAGCAAUGAAAAGUAGUAUAUUGGAAAAUCCAGCUGUAUCAAAAACUAUUAAGAUGAAGACCUUUAAUACAAUUGUAGUGAAGAACAUUGUGAAUCUUUACAAUUGGAAAGGACCUAGAAAUUUGAAGUCUUUGAAGGGAGAAGAGCCAAAAAUAUCGGUAAAUGAAGUUCAAAAAGCAAGAGUUAGCCAAUGUGUUCAUGAGUUUCUUAUGAUUCUGUGCACUUCCCAUAAAUAUGGAGUUAUAUUUAGAGAUCCUCUGGUUGGGAUUGGUAAAAAAACACAAAAUGCCUUGAUAUAUACUGUUGUAGAUAGUAUGGAUUCUCCUUGGGAACAUUCCUAUGCCUCUGAAUUGGUGAUUAAGAUUUGUUCUGCAUGUCCUGAUAUCACUAAAUAUAUAUGGAAUAACAUCAAAACAGUAUUAGAACCUAGGUUUUCGCCUAAGUGGUUGAAACUUGUUGAGUUCGUGAAGAGAUUACUUGUGGAGCUGAAUGCAUCUUGUUUGGAACCAUGUAUAAAAAAAUUGACUGCUCAGCAGAUUUGUACGGUAAUAACAGCUCUUGUUGCACCAAUUCCAGUCUUAAAGGUAAUGAUUUCCGAAAAUGGCACUUAUGAUUUACAGUCUGUGAAGUAUCAAGUCUUCUCAUUGAUAUCCUUAAUGUUAAAAUCAAUAGAAAGUUAUCUUUCAGCGUGUAAAAAUUGGCUGAGUAUAGAAAAAUACAAUAAACUGAAAAAUUACUUGGCUAUUCAUAUUGAGAGAAAUUUUCCAAUGAGUGAUGUAUUACUCAAGAAUUGGAACACUGAAACGAAAAAGGAAGAGGACAAAUCAUUCAACUUGCUUGAAGGUUUAUCUAUAGUUUUUGAUAUUUUUGAGCAUUAUAUCAAUCUGUGCCCAGAAUUGUUGAGUACUCUGGGCUUUUCACAUGAUGAUUUGAAGAAAUUUCUAGAAUCUGUAAUGUCCUUGAGCAGCGGUGAUAGUAAUGGAGAAAAAGAAAAACUUCAAGUUCAAAUAAUUGAUAUCUAUCUCAGUUGUAAUCCUUCUCUUUUUGCUUUAGAGUCGGAUUCUUUUGAUUUUUUCUUAUCUCUUUUGUUCAGAAUCUGCUAUGAAAAUGUGGAAAAUAGUGAUUUCAAAGGUAUUUCUGUUCUGAGAAAGCUUCUUAAAAGUACUGGAAUAUUUGACUAUGCAUUAGAUAGAGAACUGAAUGUUUGGAUCAAUGGUAUAUUCAGUCUCAAGUCUUAUAAAGACACAGUACCUGAAUUUAUAGCCGCUUCCAUAAAACUUGCUAAUCUCAAAGCUACAGAAUAUUUUGAGGUAAUUUCUCAAUACCAGGAAUCAUUUGACGAUGACAAUAAUUAUCCAGUUUCUGGUUUGGGUCCCAUGUUUCUCGGAAUUUUAGAUCAUUUUUGUACCAUUACUGCUGAAAAAAGUAUAUUGUCCUACAUGAACUUUGUAAUUCCAAAUUUGAUAUUCCUUCAGUAUGAUUUUCGUAUUAUUUCUCAGAUUAUUACAAAUCGACAAUCAUUGUAUAGUCCCCUUCAGGAGUAUAUUGAUUCAAUUCUAUCUGAUGUACCAGUUUCAUUCGAAAUUCCAAAAGUUUUACGGAUACUUGGUAAAGAAAAUGUGUUUAACUGUUUCAAUGUAGCACUUGCAAAUGAUUCCUUCGAAUCAUUUCUUAAUGAAAAUCUUAAAAUACUGUAUCCAGAUUUACAAUUGGAUUUAUUGCAAAUGGGUAUAUUUUAUCUUUCAAGAUUAAUGGUUUCGGACAAUCCGCAGAAAGUGAAGUACUCUAAAAAUUUGACGAUUUACAUAAAUUUUAUAUUAGAUAAAACCCGUUUUGAUCCUGAUAUCAUAUUAAGUAAUUCAUCGUUCAUCCAAAAUUUCUCUAUUCUAGAAAUGGACUCUAAUGGAGAAUUGAAUUUUUGCACCAAUUUUUUGAUAGAUUUCAUCAAAUGCUAUACAGAAAAAUUUGAUUUACUUGACUCUCAUAUGAAGUUUUUCCAUAAAAAAAUUCUGAGAAUGACCUUCAAAAUUCUUAAGCACCCCAAGAAAUAUAAUGAUUUUCAAGUCACACAUAUAAUGAACUUGUUUAGACUGAGUUCUGAAACAUACUUGAAGAUUCUGAUUAAAAUUUCGGACUGUGUUCAUGAAAAUAUUGAUAAAUGCAAAUUCAAAGUUUUUUACUCAAUUUUGGUACACUCAUUGGAAAAAUAUUGUCAAUCAAAUGUAGAGCAAUUUCAAUGUUUAUCCGAAGAUGUUUUAUCUAAUUUACUCACGUUUUGUAUAUCCCUGAAUCAACAAGGAGAAAUUAAAUCAUUCGAAUUAUCAAAACAAUUUUUGACCUAUUUCUCUUUAUUUCCUGAAAAAAUUGAAUGCGUAGGUUCAGAUUUUGUCAGUUCUAUAGUGAGUCUGAAGGAAUAUCAAAAAGCAAAUACAGAUCUGAUUGUAUUUAUCCUCAAAAGAAGGGAUGAUCUAUUCCCCUCUGUUGAGGAAAAAUUAGAGGAUAUAAUAUUUGUGAAAGGAAUGUUUUAUCCAAUUUUACAGUUAUUGAAUGACAAAUAUUUGGAAGUUCAUAAUAACAGAAAAGAAUGGCUUCAAGAACUUUUUCGCAAAAUUUAUAAUAAUUUUGAAGAGGUCCUUCACAAAACGUUGAGAAAACCGCAGAAGGCCAGUCAACAUCUUGAUGACAAUUAUCGGGGCGUUUGUCUUUUGAUUGAUCUAAAUUUUCAAAAGGAAAAAUUUCAAGAAUAUAUUUCAAAAGUUUUGAAAUUUGAAGUUACUAAAAUUUUUCAUGUUCACCUUCUGAAUACAAUAUUUAGAAAAUUUAUUGCAACUGAAAUCGAUAGCUCUGAAGUUAAUAAUCAGAUACUAACUUUUGUCCAUCUACUUCUAAAUGCUCUAAAAAGAAUUCCCAAAAAUGAAGAACAUAUUGAAGAAACACUCAAUACUGUUUGUGAUUGUCUCAUAACUUAUUUGGAUGAUUUGAAUGGGUCUAAAAAUAAAUCAGAUUUCACAAUUAUACGGAAUAAUGAAUCCUUCAAAGUGAUGUUAAAGUUUCUAUUGAAAUACGGAGUCUGCGAUUAUGAAAAACUUUUACAAUUGCUGUGUAGUUUUAUUUCCAUUUUUGAUCGAAAAUUUGAUCACAGUCAAAUAGAAUUGAUUAUGGAAAUGCUGAUUUCACAUUCUGGAUUCUUGGAUGUGCUUCUGAGUGAAAAUCAUAAGUGCAAAAAGGGAGUUUUAUCUUUAAUGACAAUUAUUUGUGAAAGCUGGCCCCAGUUCAUGGCAAGGAGUCACAUUCCGAAAUUACUUGCUUCUUAUGGAGCUACUAUGACUGAAACUGAUCGAAUGAUUUUGAAACUCAUCAAGAUGUAUGAAUCUGUUCGUGAUGAAGUAUCUUUCCAAGACUUUCGUCCUUAUUUAUGGGGAAAUGCUGGGGCAAUCCACUAUUCAGUGAGAAUCGAUAUUGGAGAAGCCCUUUUGAAACAACCAAAAAUAAAAGAUGUACUUAAUAUUUUGCAAGAACAUAUGGUCCUAUCAACUAUAAAAAAUUAUCAUUUGUACAAAAAUGGUAAAAAUUCAGAGGAAUUGGAUGCGAAUACAAUUUACGAUUUGGAGUUCUUGCUACCACUUUUCAUCCAUUUACUUUCCCCGGAAAACGUAGUUCAAACAUACCAAUUUGCUAGAAGUGGUGCCUUGUCACUAACACUCUUGGGACUGAGUUGUCCUGAAGAAAAUAUGAGAGCAGCUACAUGUGAUGCGCUCUCAAGGUUUUAUUUCCAUUUGGAGGCCAGACAAAAGGGAAAAGAUAAUUUCCUAUAUAUGAAACUUAUAACUGGUAUUUGCAUGUGGAUGUCUGAUACUGAAAUUCCUAUGAAUAAUUUUGCGUCAAUAUUUCUUUCACGGACUGCGUUGAUAUUGUCCAAACCAUCAUAUAAUCAAAUAAUGUUGCCCCAGUUAUCGCACUAUCUUGUUGCCAAGGAUAUUUUAGAUCUUUCAACAAUACCUGAAUUAUAUACAUAUCUCCAUAGUCCUGAUGUCCACUAUAAGGAUCAUCGUCAGUUCAUAUUUGAAAUUUUAAAGGAUGGUUUAAUUGUUGAAAACGAUUUUAAAAUAUUCUCGAGAUCUAUGUCAUUGAAGCUAUUAACAGAAUUAUAUUCUACUAGAACAUGUGAUAGAGAAACCAGACUAUCAAUUUUAGAUAUUUUCAUUGCUCUUUGUAGAUCCCGUUUAGGUGUCGAAUUAUUUUGUACACAUUCUAGUUUAUUGCAAUUUUUUUAUAUGGAAAUGGAGGAAACUUUAGCUUUGAAAGAAUUUGAUAAUUCUAUAAUAAUCAAGAUGAAAGAACUAUUCAGAAGGAUAAGUUUAUAUUUAGAUUUUCUCAAUGUAUAUGAUAAAACGACUUACACAAUGAUUAUGAACAAAAUCGAUAAAUGUAUUUAAACAUCUUGUGAAUAUUUUGUCAUUAACAAUAAUAAUUAUCAUUAAUAAUAUUUCGUAAAUUGUACAUCAAUGUGUUGUUAUUUUUAAGCUUUUUAUGUACUCUCUACUUUAUCUUUGUAAAUAAAUUAUAAUUUUUGAAUAAA